AUGGCGGGACGGCCCAGUGCUUCUGUGGACUUGACAUCGGAUGGCGCUGCCUUGUUUGUCGGUUCUAUGGAUGAUCGCAUGGCAUUCGGGGAGGGGGCUUUGAUUGGUGCCAUGCAAGAUGGGGGCUGGAUCGCGUCGGAAUGGUUGAGUCGCGGUGAUGAACGCAAGAUGGCUCUGUUUGCCCAAUAUGGAAUUGUUGCUGCUGAGGAAGCACUGAACGAUGCAAAGUGGAGACCAUCCGAGUUUGAACAGAGAGAAGCUACAGGCGUCUGUCUUGGAUCGGGGAUUGGGAACUUUGAUGAGAUUUAUAAUACCGUGAUUGCAUAUGACAAAGGAGUAGGCGCUCUUACGAUCGAAAGUCUUUCCGAUACUGACGACUCCCAGGGCUACAAAAAGGUCAAUCCAUUAUUUGUACCUAAGCUAUUGAUCAACCUAGGGGCUGGCCACAUCUCUAUGAGGCAUGGCUUUAUGGGCCCAAACCAUGCAGCGACCACGGCAUGCACGACCGGGGCCCAUUCCAUCGGCGACGCAGCAAGGUUCAUUGCCUGCGGUGAUGCGGAUGUGAUGGUGGCUGGUGGUGCCGAGUCAUGCAUUCAUCCCUUAGCCAUCGGCGGCUUCGCCCGUGCUCGAAGUCUAGCAACCGACUACAAUGAUGACCCAGAACUGGCUUCAAGGCCUUUCGAUGCCGACCGCGCUGGCUUUGUGGUUGGCGAAGGUGCAGCAAUGCUUGUUUUGGAGGACUUGGAGCACGCCCGUGCCAGAGGUGCUCGCAUCUAUGCCGAGCUUAAAGGCUAUGGCUGUUCCAGCGAUGCUCACCAUAUGACUGCUCCCAAGGAAAAUGGUGAAGGUGCCUAUAUUGCCAUGAAAAAAGCCCUCAAGCAGGCUCAGGUCAAGCCUGCGGCUGUGGAUUAUGUUAAUGCUCAUGCCACGUCGACUGUCGUCGGCGACGCCGCCGAGAAUACGGCCAUCAAGUCGCUUCUGCUAGGCCCAGAAGGCAAAAACAAAGCUUCUGAGGUGAAUAUCAGCAGUACCAAGGGUGCUAUUGGCCAUCUCCUCGGCGGUGCUGGAGCUGUGGAAGCUGUGUUCAGUGUUUUGGCAAUUCGUGAUAAUAUCAUGCCGCCCACUCUUAAUCUCAACCGGCUAGCUGAGGGCUUCGACUGUAACUACGCCCCAGGCAAUGCCCAAGACAGGCAGAUCGAUGUGGCUCUGACCAACAGUUUCGGCGACCUCUCGUGCCCCGAGAACCCCACUGCUGCGCUAAUCAUGGCGUCAAACGGGGAUGCUGGCCGAGCGUCCGGAAGUCUGGUGGAUGCUUCGGGCUACAAAUUUACGGAGAAAGAUACGAAGCCGGGAAAGAUGAAGGUUAAGAAGACAGCCAAGGCUUCUACCAAGAAGAAGGCCGAUGAUGUGAAAGAUGGCCCUGUCGACAAAUCACCUAAUACCUCCCCUCUGCCGAAGCUGGACAGCAAACUCGGAGCAUAUUUCCCGACCGGGAAACCGCGCGAAGACGACCUGUUAGAAACAGUGAUCUGCAAGCAUUGCAAGCGCCCAACUUUGAAACAAACCGCCCCAGAGCACAUUCGUGGAUGUCUGAAAGCCAAGCAAGAGAAAGCCCGUAAGAAGAAGGAGGCACGUGAUGCUAUCAACCGUGCUAAGAACGCGGAUGGCAAGGAGGACGACGACGCUCGUGAUAGGGUGGACGAUGACUCCAUGAAAGGUCAAAAGAGCGCGAAGAAAAGUGCAGUCAAGGGGACUGAUGACAGCAAAAAAGGCAAAAAACGCAAAGCUGACGAGGACGACGGCAAGGAACCCAAGAAAAAGAAGAAGAAGGACGAGCCUAAGGCCAAGACAGCGAAGCCCAAGGGCCCUGUGGAUGUUGAGAAGCAAUGUGGUGUCACUUUACCUAAUGGUGCGCAGUGUGCUCGCUCCCUGACUUGCAAGAGCCAUUCAAUGGGGGCCAAGCGAUCUGUUCCUGGCCGUUCUCUCCCCUAUGAUAUGCUGCUUCAGCAGUAUCAGAAGAAGAACCAGGCACGCCAACAAAAAGCUGCCAUCGAUGCCAACGCUCCACUCCAAGAUGACAUCGACACAAAUGGCCCGGUGGACUCGGAUGAAGAACGAGAUACGGUCAUGGCUGCGAUUGCACGAUCAAAUCCAAGGCCUCUUGAGAGCCAUACUCUCAUUAGUUCGAAAACCAAAUACCGUUAUGUUCGAAUUAAGGAGCAAAUGCUUCAUGCCUUUGGUGGCCGCGGCGGCGGGGGGAUUUUCUCUACGGACGAUAGUCAACAACCGCUGUUUGGUGGCAACAUUUUCCAACCAUUUGACCCGAUGGAUGUCUCCCAGUCCUACCCUCGAGCGACACCGGUGACAUCUCUACCGAUGGAACCAAGAAGCCCUCUGUCACGGUUUCAUGAAGAUCCAGCGACAAAAUGA